UCACAUGACAAGCUCACAGAGAUGGUGGAUGGUUCUCGGAUAGAAUUAUGAAAUGGACCGAACACAAACUACUAUAAAAAGUGGAACCUAACCCUGAUUUUCACCGGACAUAAAGGAUUAACCGUCUUAUUCAUCAUACCAAAGUUGCUUGUUACUUAGCCUGCGUGCUUCAUUGAUGGCAUCACGAUGAAGGCCCAGCUUCAGAUUAUCAUCCUUGCGGCGAAACUGAAGGAGAACAAGAAGAACUGGUUUGGGCCAAGUCCCUACGUUGAGGUGGCGGUGGAUGGCCAAUCCAAGAAGACAGAGAAGUGCACCAACACCACCAGCCCCAAAUGGAAACAGCCCAUCACUGUUAUUGUGACGCCCUUCAGCAAGUUGAUCUUUCGGGUAUGGAGCCACCAGACUCUGAAGGCUGACAUCCUUCUGGGGAUGGCAACUCUUGAAGUCAGCGAGACACUCAAGUCCAACGAUAUGAAAAUCCAUGAGGUGGUGCAGACGCUGCAGCUGAGUGCGGAUUCGGACCAGUCUGACGUGGUGGGAGACCUGUGUGUGUGCCUGGACGGCAUGCAGGUGGACCCCCAGACCUUCGCAGCAGAGGAGCAGAGCCGUGAAGCAUCUCUUCCUAAUGGGGAUCUGAGGCCAAAUAAAGAUGCUGAGCGACCAAGCAGAGGUUCCUCUCCCGCUAGUGAUAUCGUUGAUGACGGCCCUGCGCUUCCCAACGGCCACGCAGUCAACGGCACGGGGUCUCCCUCCCUGUCUGCAGGGGCGUCCAGACCGCCGCGACCCGCACGGCCUCUGCGCCCGCCCCCACCUCGCAGACCCACCUCCUCCCCAGCCUCCUCUAACGGCUCCACGCCCAGCCACGGCAGCAGUGCAGCCAGCCCCGAGCCCAACCCCAGCAGCCUGCACGUCAACGGCACCACGGACCACGGCCCCACCUCGGCACCCCCCUCCGGCCCACCGACUGGACCCAGCCCCGGCCCCCCCGGGCCCAACAACCAGAACCCCAGCGGGCCCCAACCUCCCCCAAGCGGGCCCUCAGGGCCCAGGGUCAGCCCCAUCAACACGGGGCCCCUGCCCCCCGGCUGGGAGCAGAGAGUGGAUCAGAGUGGGCGUGUGUACUACGUGGACCACCUGGAGAAGAGGACCACCUGGGAGAGACCUGACCCUCUACCUCCCGGGUGGGAGCGUCGUGCGGACCCGCUGGGCAGGGUGUACUACGUGGACCACAUCAGCCGGACCACCACCUGGCAGAGGCCCACCGCCGAGUCCGUACGCAACUACCAGGAGUGGCAGAGCCAGCGCAGCCAGCUGCAGGGAGCCAUGCAGCAGUUCAACCAGAGGUUCAUUUACGGGCUUCAGGAACAGCUUGCUCCUGCUGCCAAUAAAGAAUUUGACCCGCUGGGUCCUCUGCCACAGGGAUGGGAGAAGAGGACGGACAGCAAUGGCAGAAUGUACUUUGUGCACCAUCCUACACGCUCCACGCAAUGGGAGGAUCCUCGCACGCAAGGGCUGCUGAAUGAGAAGCCUCUGCCUGAGGGUUGGGAGAUGAGGUUCACGGUGGACGGCAUCCCUUACUUCGUAGACCACAACCGUCGCACCACCACCUAUAUCGACCCCCGCACCGGAAAGUCCUCCCUAGAAAACGGUCCUCAGAUCACCUACGUGCGAGACUUCAAGGCCAAAGUGCACUACUUCAGGUUCUGGUGUCAGCAACUGUCUAUGCCCCAACACAUCAAGAUCCACGUCACGCGUAAGACCUUGUUUGAAGAUUCAUUCCAACAGAUCAUGAGUUUCCACCCUCAAGACCUACGGAGGAGGCUGUGGAUCAUCUUCCCAGGGGAGGAGGGCCUGGACUACGGAGGAGUGGCCAGGGAGUGGUUCUUCCUGCUGUCGCAUGAGGUGCUGAACCCCAUGUACUGCCUGUUUGAGUACGCCGGGAAGGACAACUACUGUCUGCAGAUCAACCCCGCCUCCUCCAUCAACCCCGACCACCUCAAAUACUUCAAGUUCAUCGGACGCUUCAUCGCCAUGGCGUUGUUCCAUGGGAAGUUCAUUGACACGGGCUUCUCGCUGCCCUUCUACAAGCGCAUCCUCAGCAAGCCCUUAGGCCUCAAGGACCUGGAGUCCAUUGACCCAGAGUUCUACAACUCCCUCAUCUGGAUCAGGGACAACAACAUUGAGGAGUGCGGCCUGGAGAUGUACUUCUCUGUGGACAAGGAGAUCCUGGGGGAGGUCACCACCCACGAGCUCAAGGAUGACGGCAGCAACGUCCUAGUCACCGAGGAGAACAAGGAAGAGUACAUCAGGCUGGUGGCAGAGUGGCGUCUGUCGCGGGGCGUGGAGGAGCAGACCCAGGCUUUCUUCGAUGGCUUCAACGAGGUCCUCCCACAGCAGUAUCUGCAGCUCUUCGAUGCCAAGGAGCUCGAGGUGAUGCUGUGUGGUAUGCAGGAGAUAGACAUGGCGGACUGGCAGAGGAACACCAUCUACCGCCACUACGCCCGCAGCAGCAAGCAGAUCCUCUGGUUCUGGCAGUGUGUGAAGGAGAUGGACAAUGAGAGGAGGAUGCGUCUGCUGCAGUUUGUUACGGGCACCUGCCGACUCCCGAUGGGAGGCUUUGCGGACCUCAUGGGGAGCAAUGGGCCACAGAAGUUCUGCAUCGAGAAAGUGGGGAAAGAGAAUUGGCUUCCGCGAAGUCACACUUGCUUUAAUCGUCUGGAUUUGCCACCUUACAAGAGCUACGAGCAGCUGAAAGAAAAGCUCAUGUUUGCCGUUGAAGAAACCGAAGGCUUUGGGCAGGAAUAACAGAAGACAAAGGCGUGCACACACACACACACCUUCUCAUCUACACAUGCACACACACACACACACACUGAAGCCCUUCCUUUCAGCCUGGAAACCCCUUGGGGAGAUGUCUGCCCGUGAAAAUCACCAUCUGAAAGAGACACGAAAAACAGAAGAGUGUUUGUUCGUUUGUGUGUGUGUAUGCGUGUGUUCGUGUAUGUGUGUUGUGUGUGUGUUUGGGUGUGUGACUGUGACUGUGUGUGUGACUGAGAAGAAGCACGUCAAUUCACCCAGUCCUCCCCCAUCUGACCUUCAAGAUGUUAUUAACUGACCCAACCCUCCUCUCACCACAGUCAACACUCUUUGAAAUUGGUCACCCACCCCCAUAAUCAGCGCUGCAUAACGUCGUCUACCUAUGCACAGAUGAUCACCCCUCCCCACAUGCUUCCCAGCGGAUGAAAGGGGUGGACAACAGCAACAGUACCCUCGCCACCCUCAAAGGGCCACCUGCUGUAGCUAUGGUAUCCCAUCAUAUGCCAGCAGGGGGCACCACUGCAGAAGGAAGGGAACAAAAAAACAAAAAAAAAACGCCUGCGUCACCCAUAACCUCGAACGGCAUGUGUACAGCCCACGAGUCUUCAAACACCACCCUCUGUGGUACCCAGUAAUUUCCAGAAUGUUCUAUGAGGGAGCAUAGAUGAGAAUUGUGCAAGCAGCAUCAUGACGUGUCCUAGCAUUUGUUAAAACAAAAAAAAUACACAAAAAACAACACAGGAGGUAAUUAUGGGUCACUGUGUGAAGGGGAGAUAGUGACAAAUCAAAGAUUCAUUUUUAGAUAUCGGGUAGAAAAAAAAACAGAUGUGUAAUUUAAUGUGACAUUAGUACAGCGUUGGUGAUUAACAAGACAUUAUCAGAAGUGUGUGAGGUAUUGUAUCCAGCCUGAAGAGAGAAAGCUCCUCCUGAAAGCUGCAGGAUAAUGAGACUUGCGCUGCACAAAAGACAGCAGAGACACAGACGGAUAUAAUAACGUAAUGGCUUUCCCAUAAUGGUGAGAAAUGUUCCCCUUAAAACGUCCCUGUCUGCUUGCCUUUUGUGAGUGUUCGGUGCGGAGCUGAGAGCAAAGGCAGAAAAUUGCCCCCUUUUUGGCGGACAAUUGUGCUAUCUGGGCUAGACGGAGCUUGGAGGAAAUCUUCCUUAGCUUUUUCUCAUAUAUAUUUUUUUCCUUUUUUGUAAGGGUGUCGGAGGGUGAAUCUAACUCCUCACACCUUUAUUGCGUAAGGGUUUAUUUUUUUAGAGUGAGAAGAGAUUGCCGUUCUUUUAUGAAGAGAGUAAUGACAGAUCACCUAUAUGACGUGGGACGCUCUGGUUUGUCAAAAUAAUUAAAUUCCAUGAAUUAUUUAUUAAGAAAUAAGAUUUUUCAGUCAUUUGCACAUAGUAAAAAUUUUGUUUCCCACUGAAUGGUGUCUUGUUGAAAGAGGCCUGAUUAUAAUGCAAAACUUCUGUGUGUGUGAAAGCAGAAAUGAUUGCAGAAGAAGGAGUUUUUGAAUUACUGGGCGCAUACCUUUAACUGUAUCACUGUGACUAUUCCUUUUAAGAAUAAAUAUCACGUAAAGAUGGCUGAUCAACACUUUAAAAUGGAUUGCUUCAAGGGAGCAUGUACUUUUCUUUGUACAUUACACUGUUGAUGUGAGAGUGUAUAGUUAUGCUUUCGUAUGUCUGCAAUUGAGGGAAGGGGAAAUGAAAAAUCACUGCUCGAGGAAAUGGCAUUGCUUUCAGUUGCUACCAGUUACAUGUGUAAAUCAUCUCAUCUUGAUUGGAGUUUUUUUCCCUCAUGUAUGAAAUUUCUUGAUUUCUAUGCAAGCACCUGAUUCUGUGUGCGCACACAAAGGUGCUGGACUUUACACAGGCGCCAUCUUGGACACUCACUUGCCAAGUCUGAUGACCUUGCUCAUCUGGCUAGUUUUGACCUUUGGAAAGGAGAUGUAUGUAAAGUCAUGUGGGAAAUGGAGAACUGUUGUCUCUGAUGGUAAAUAACUGGUAGGGAUACACAUACACUGUAUCAGCCAGUGUUUUAAGAGAUCAAUAAAUAGGCAAACUAACAGAGAAAUGAGGACAAACUAGCUUUUUUGUUUCAUUUUGCAAACUACUUCCUCCAACAAAACUUGUCUUUUUUUCUUUGUUGGUCCCCCCAACAUCACAUCACAUUUGUCUUUAUCAUUUUUUUUCCUUCUGAAGGCAUGCUGUACCAGUCCUGUGUGAUAUUCUAAUGCACCUAACAACAGAAGCAUCUGAAAAAAAAAAGAAAUCAUGUAUUUUGGAUAUUUUGUGUCUAAAAUCAACUGAACUGAACGUCUGAUAAUGGAACAUGAACCUGCUGAUUGUUACCUUGUUUUGACAUCUCCUGGGAUAAAGCCUACCUACACGCCUGUACUGCUAUUACUAUUACUACUGCAUAGCCUACUACGCCCGCCCUCCAUCCAGCCAUGGUGUGACUCCAUGCUUGAAUUCCGGCCCAGACCUUCAGCUGACCUCACUCGAACCCCUCUUCUGCAUGCGCUCUGUGCAGACGUGUUCAAUAGGUGACCUUACUGAGGUCUCAAAUGUCUACACUGAGCCGACACUGGACACUUGGGUCUGUCAGCUGUAGCAUGGCACAUCCAGUAUGGAGGCUUCACAUUGCAGCAAGUACCUAAAAAGUUAUGCUCACCACUGCUCCUCUACCGUAUGUCUGCCUCUUGCUGUGCAGGAGUGUAGACUAGGUUGUGUACAGUGUGGUCUUGCUGCGAGAUGCAGCGCAGAACAUUGUCUCCACAGCAGUGGUCGGUGUUGACUAAUGCGAGUCGUCAUGACAACUGUGGAUCUCAUCAUUAGACAGCAGGUAGACAUUAGCAUAGAGUGCUUUCUCACAGUGGGCCGACUCUUGUUUUAUUAUUUUAUUUUUUAUUUUAUUGCAGAUUUAGGUAAUGUAACAAGCAGCGUAAUUCUAGCAGAGACUAAAUGUCAUCAAAAUGGAUGCUUUGGGGAAGCAUUUCCUUCUAAAUUUCCUCAUAUUGCCAUGUCUUAAAUCUUAGAGCAGGUGAGAAAGUGUACAAAUGACUGUAUCACUAAUUUAUUUUUUUCCUAUUUAACACAUUGUAAAUGGUGUAAUAGUACAUUUAAUUCAUUCAAGCAUUGUUUUAAAAUACCUAAUCUUUUAAUAAAUUGGGGAUGGGAAAUGAA